AUGGGAGGGGUGAAUAUCUGUUUGUUGCCCGAGUACGGGAAUGCCACCACUACCGCCCUUGUACAUAUGCUGGCAAAGGCAGCUUCUCAGAGCGAGAGGGGCUCCCUGCAAUGUCCCCACUGUGAGAUGCCCACCAUGCCAAACACAGCUCGUACUAGCACAUGCAGCCCAGGAGGCUCACACGGCCGCCGCUCUGGGGCCAACAUUCUUGGCCGGUACAGACUUUGGCAAGAAGGAUACUUUGCGGAUACACAUGUGGGAGCUGGUAUACGAUACACAGUUAUGUCAAAUACAGAGGCAAGAAUCAAGUUAUUAGAUGCAGCAGCAAAUUCCCAAGGCUACAACGUAGUUAAUGAAGUGCAAAAUGCUGUGAGUUUGGCUGAAUUGGAAGCAUUGUGUACUCAUCUCUACAUAGGGUCUGAUCUUACGCAAAGGAUAGAAGCUGAGAAAGCACUCUUGGAGCUCAUUGACAGCCCAGAAUGUCUCAGCAAGUGCCAGCUGUUACUAGAACAAGGAACAACAUCCUAUGCUCAGCUCCUUGCAGCAACAUGUCUUUCAAAACUUGUUAGUCGAAUCAGCCCUUUGCCUGUUGAACAGAGGAUAGAUAUCAGAAACUAUAUUUUGAAUUAUGUGGCAUCACAACCUAAGUUGGCUCCCUUUGUCAUUCAAGCUCUUAUUCAAGUUAUUGCUAAAAUUACUAAGUUGGGGUGGUUUGAGGUUCAGAAAGACCAGUUUGUCUUCAGAGAAAUUAUUGCUGAUGUGAAGAAAUUUCUCCAGGGAACUGUGGAGCACUGCGUAAUAGGGGUGAUGAUCCUUUCUGAGCUGACUCAGGAAAUGAACUUGGUUGAUUAUUCUAGACCUUCAGCAAAACACAGGAAAAUAGCUACCUCAUUUCGUGACACUUCUCUCAAAGACAUAUUAGUACUAGCAUGCUCUCUUCUAAAAGAAGUGUUGGCCAAACCUUUAAAUCUUCAGGAUCAAAGUCAACAAAGUCUGGUGAUGCAGGUCUUGAAACUGGUCCUCAAUUGCCUCAACUUCGACUUCAUUGGCAGUUCAGCAGAUGAGUCUGCUGAUGAUCUUUGCACAGUACAGAUCCCAACAUCAUGGAGAACAAUUUUCCUGGAACCAGAAACAUUGAAUCUUUUUUUCAAUUUGUAUCAUUCCCUUCCACCACUACUCUCUCAGUUAGCUCUUUCAUGCUUAGUUCAGUUUGCCUCUACAAGAAGGUCUUUAUUUAGCAGUCCUGAACGGGCCAAGUACCUUGGUAAUUUAAUUAGUGGAGUAAAAAGGAUACUUGAAAACCCUCAGGGUUUGUCUGAUCCAGGAAAUUAUCAUGAAUUUUGUCGAUUUUUGGCUCGUUUGAAAACAAACUAUCAGCUGGGAGAAUUGGUUACAGUGAAGGAGUAUCCUGAAGUUAUCAGAUUAAUUGCUAAUUUUACUGUUACUAGCCUACAGCAUUGGGAGUUUGCUCCCAACAGUGUUCAUUAUUUAUUAACUCUGUGGCAAAGGAUGGUAGCAUCAGUUCCUUUUGUAAAAUCAACUGAACCCCACCUACUAGAUACUUACGCACCUGAAAUCACCAAGGCCUUUAUUACUUCCCGGUUGGAAUCUGUUGCCAUAGUUGUAAGAGAUGGCUUAGAUGACCCUCUGGACGACACUGCUACUGUGUUCCAGCAGCUGGAACAGCUGUGCACCGUCAGCAGGUGUGAAUACGAGCAAACCUGCACUCUUCUUGUCCAGUUAUUUGACCAAAAUGCACAGAACUACCAAAAACUUCUUCAUUCAGCGUCUGGGACUAAUGUGGACAUGGCCAUCCAAGAAGGACGUCUUGCAUGGCUGGUGUACUUGGUUGGUACAGUCGUAGGAGGAAGACUAACAUACACUAGUACAGAUGAACAUGAUGCUAUGGAUGGAGAAUUGUCCUGUCGAGUUUUUCAGCUUAUAUCUUUAAUGGACACCAGAUUGCCUCAGUCUUCUAAUGAGAAAAUAGAACUUGCAAUUCUGUGGUUCUUGGAUCAGUUUCGUAAAACAUAUGUUGGUGAUCAACUUCAAAGAACCUCAAAGAUGUGCUUCUCAAAGAUUAAAUAUAAGUCAAAUUAUGAUAAUUGUCUUAUUUAA